GGUUGCUGAAAACCAUAUUUCCUGUGGAAUUACUCCCCCUUGAAUCAUUUCAAAGUAUCUUCCUCGAAGAACCUGAGAAAAGGAAGACUGUGGCAAGCAGAAGGUUCUGCAUACGGUUCUCCGAAAUGCCAGAGACUUCUGAUGAGCACAUAAGAUUUGGACAGCACAAAGGUGAAGGACAACUGGACAGCAUCAAACAGCUGGAGGAGCCGGUCAUGUCUGGGUCUGGAAGUCAGUGUUGGAGCAGUGUGGAGGGCAUCAGACAGAAGCAGCAGAGACCAUCAGUUCUGCGUCAGCUGUCCCCCCUCACUUACAGGCAACGGCACGAAAGCAGUGCAGCUGCCUCUGUUUGCAAAAAAGAGGUGGAUGCAGGCCACGUUCCCCAGGAAUCUUCACCUCACUUGGGCUCUUCUCCCAGACCGAGCCAUCAUUUCCUCCCCUUGAGGAGAGACGGUCCAAAGCAGACCUCUCUUGAUGCCAGGCUUCAUGAUGGCAUCCCCGAGGGGACCAAUGUUCUGUUCAUGAGUGGCCUCUGCCGAUGGCCCGGCUGUGAUGCAGUGUCUGAAGACUUCUCUAGUUUCUUGAAGCAUCUUCAUUCUGAACACGGACACGGUGACAGAAGUAUUGCUCAGUGGAGGGUUCAGCAGGAUAUUGUUCAGUACAUGGAAAGUCAGCUCAUUCUGGAAAAACAGAAACUCCUUGCAAUGCAGCUUCAUCUCUCUGAAGAUAAAUAUUCCAACUUGAAGACAGCUUCUGAGUGGCAAUACAGCCUUCCCCUGUUCCUGCCCCAGCCUCAGGUUACCAGCGGAGACAGAGUGCAACAGUGGGCCACUAAACAUCUGGAGGAGUUGGCCCAGCAUGGCAGCAGACCUUCUGCUUCUGACCAUGUUCUCCCAGAUUUGGUUCCCAGCAUUGAGUGUUACAAAUACAACAACAUCCGGCCUCCUUACACCUAUGCUUACUUGAUAAGAUGGUCUAUCCUGGAGUCUCCAGACAAACAGCGGACUCUGAAUGAGAUUUACAACUGGUUCACUACCAUGUUCUUCUACUUCAGACAUAACACUGCCACCUGGAAGAAUGCAGUGCGUCACAACCUCAGCCUUCACAAGUGUUUUGUGCGAGUGGAGGGAGGAAAGGGAGCUGUGUGGACAGUAGAUGAAAUGGAGUACCAAAGGAGGAAGGGGCAGAAGUAUCAGAGGGACUGCCCUGUGAAGUGGCUCACAGCCUACUCCCAUUACUCUCCUGGAAACCCCUAAGCUGCUGAAGAGCAGCAGGAAGAAGGUGUGGAGGAGGAAGAAGGGUCUGAAACGUCUGUAUGCUGCAUUCAGAUUAAAGACUUGUUGAGUGUGAUUCGGCUGUUACAGUAAGAUAGCUGUGCCCAUACCUGACAAGUGUGUUUGUACUCAGUUAUUCUGAAAAAUAAAUGAAUAAAUGAAUCUGGGGUUUCUGGGUGUUUCAUCAUUGUUCUCAUGACCUGAAAGUUUGCUCCAGUCAGCAGGUGAGGGGUCACAUCUCUCCUGCAAACAUUGUU